GCCACUAUACCCACACGCUCUCUCCCUUCUCUCUUUCUCUCUCCAAAACCCCAAUUCCGAAGCAAAAACCACCUUCACAUCUACAAACCACACCUCCGCCAUAAAUAAAAGUAACCUCCCUCAUGGAAGAGCUCUCAGCGGGGCCUCUCGUCCCCGCCGUCGUCAAACCUGAACCGUCCAAAGGCGCCUCCGCCGCUGCCUCCGGCGGCACGUUCCCGGCCUCCACGUCGGAGCCGGACAAGGACUUCCUCUGUCCGAUUUGCAUGCAGAUCAUCAAGGACCCGUUCCUCACCGCGUGCGGCCACAGCUUCUGCUACAUGUGCAUCAUCACGCACCUCCGCAACAAGAGCGAUUGCCCUUGCUGCGGCGACUACCUCACCAACACCAACCUCUUCCCUAACUUGUUGCUCGACAAGCUACUGAAGAAGACUUCUGCACGUCAAAUAUCAAAAACCGCUUCACCUGUCGAACAUUUUCGGCAGGUAUUGCAAAAGGGUUCUGAUGUGUCAAUUAAGGAGCUAGACACCCUUUUGUCACUUCUUGCCGAGAAGAAAAGAAAAAUGGAACAAGAAGAAGCUGAGAGAAAUAUGCAAAUAUUGUUAGACUUCUUGCAUUGCUUACGCAAGCAAAAAGUUGAUGAGUUGAAGGAGGUACAAACUGAUCUCCACUUUAUAAAAGAGGACAUAAAUGCUGUGGAGAAACAUAGAAUGGAAUUGUAUCGUGCACGGGACAGGUACUCUGUAAAAUUGCAGAUGCUUGACGGUUCUGGGGGAAGAAAAUCAUGGCAUUCAUCAAUGGACAAGAACAGCAGUGGCCUUUUAUCUAGUCCUCUAAAUCUUCGAGGAGGGUUGUCAUCAGGGAGCCAUACUAAGAAAAAUGAUGGAAAGUCUCAUAUUAGCUCUCAUGGGCAUGGAAUUCAGAGAAGGAAUGUCAUCACUGGAUCCGAUUCACAAUAUAUAAAUCAAUCGGGUCUUGCUCUAGUUAGAAAGAAGAGGGUGCAUACACAGUUCAAUGAUCUACAAGAAUGUUACCUACAAAAGCGACGGCAUGCAGCUGAUAGGUCCCAUAGCCAACAAGAAAGAGAUAUAAGUCUCAUAAAUCGAGAAGGUUAUACUGCUGGUCUUGAAGAUUUUCAGUCAGUCUUGACAACUUUCACACGCUACAGCCGAUUGAGAGUCAUUGCGGAACUAAGACAUGGGGAUAUAUUUCAUUCAGCAAAUAUAGUGUCAAGCAUAGAGUUUGACCGCGAUGAUGAUUUGUUUGCUACUGCUGGAGUUUCGCGGCGCAUCAAAGUUUUUGACUUUUCUGCUGUUGUGAAUGAACCUACAGAUGCUCAUUGUCCUGUUGUGGAGAUGUCUACACGUUCAAAACUUAGUUGCUUGAGUUGGAAUAAAUUUGCUAAGAAUCAAAUAGCUAGUAGUGAUUAUGAAGGAAUUGUGACUGUUUGGGAUGUAACCACUCGGAAGAGUUUAAUGGAAUAUGAAGAGCAUGAAAAGCGUGCAUGGAGUGUUGAUUUUUCAAGAACAGAUCCCUCUAUGCUUGUAUCUGGUAGCGAUGACUGUAAGGUCAAAAUUUGGUGCACUAAUCAGGAAGCUAGUGUUCUAAAUAUAGACAUGAAAGCAAACAUAUGUUGUGUCAAAUAUAAUCCUGGAUCUGGCAAUUAUAUUGCAGUUGGGUCAGCAGACCAUCACAUCCAUUAUUAUGAUUUGAGAAAUAUUAGCCGUCCAGUCCAUGUUUUCAGUGGGCACAGGAAGGCUGUUUCAUACGUGAAAUUUCUGUCUAAUGAUGAACUUGCUUCUGCAUCAACAGAUAGUACACUGCGAUUAUGGGAUGUGAAGGAAAACUUACCAGUUCGUACUUUCAAAGGCCAUGCAAAUGAGAAAAACUUUGUUGGUCUUACAGUAAGCAGUGAAUAUAUUGCGUGUGGCAGUGAAACAAAUGAAGUCUUUGUUUACCACAAGGAAAUCUCGAGACCUUUGACUUCGCACAGAUUUGGGUCCCCUGAUAUGGAUGACGCUGAAGAUGAGGCUGGAUCAUAUUUCAUCAGCGCUGUUUGCUGGAAGAGUGAUCGCCCCACUAUUCUAACAGCAAAUAGUCAAGGCACCAUCAAAGUGCUGGUGCUUGCAGCUUGAACACGAGAAAAAAAAUGAAAUAGAAUGUGGAAUUGGUAUUAUCUUUUCCCAUAUGCUAUGAUUGAUUGUAUCAUUUAUUAAAUUGUACAUAGUAUUCGAGUGUAUAUGGCAGGCGUUAGGGAUCUUAAUGAAAUAUUAGUCGAGUGCUUAAACCUUUAUCAAUAAACCAAUUAAGGGACUCAACUUCAAUUUUUGUCAAUUGAGGACCUCAAAUUUAUUAAAUUUUGUAUAAAUAAAUGCUCAGGAGACAAAAAUAAAAUCGAAUUUGGCA